GUUGUUGGGUACCUUAACAGCAAGCAGGCGGCACUGUUCAAAAGAAUGAUUUGGGAAGGAAUGAACAAGGACUAUGAUAAGGGAAAGAGUAGAAAACGAGCCACAAUGGCCAAGAAAGCUGCUCCUGCUAAAAAGCCAGAAAAGGCUGUCAAAGUUUCUACUGUGAUGGAUUCUAAGAAUAGGCUAAGUUCAAAAAUCAACUAUGAAGCUUUGGAUAAAUUAAAUGAAGAGCUUGGUUAUGCACCUUCAUUUGAGGAAGGCACAAAGUCUAAUUGUGGCAGUCUUUGUGUUAUGCAACUGUUAAAUGAGAAGAACAGUCGUGAUGAUGAGUUUGGCAUGAAAGUAAUGGUUAGGGUGAAGAGGCUGAAGCCAGACAGGAAAAUUGAUCAGAAUUAUUUCACCGGUCCCCUACCAGCAUUCAUCGGCAAUAUGUCUGCGUUGACAUUAUUGUCAAUUGCCCACAAUUCAUUCUCUGGGCCCAUCCCCAAGGAGCUUGGAAACCUUAAGGAGCUAAAAUUGCUGUCCAUUGGAUCAAAUAAUUUCUCCGGAACACUCCCUCCUGAACUUGGUAACUUAGUCAAGCUCGAGGAAUUGUACAUAAACAGCGGUGGAUUCAGUGGUGAAAUUCCUUCAACAUUUGCUAAGCUCAUCAACAUGCAAAUCCUCGGGGCAUCAGACAUUCCUUUAUCAGGAAAGAUACCUGCUUUCAUUGGGAAUUGGACAAAACUAAAUUCUUUGAGAUUUCAAGGGAACUCUUUUGAAGGCCCAAUACCAACCAGUUUUUCUCAAUUGACCUCAUUAACUUCUCUGCGAAUCAGUGAUAUAUAUAAUGUGAGCUCCUCUCUUGAUUUUAUAAGUACUUUGAAGAACUUGACUGAUUUAGCUUUACGGAACGCAUUAAUCAAUGGCAGCAUCCCUACUGAUAUUGGAGAAUAUCAAGGUUUACAGAUACUGGAUCUGGGUUUCAACAAUUUAACAGGCCAACUCCCAAGUUCUUUGUUCAACAUGAGUUCUCUUACAUAUUUAUUUCUUGGAAACAAUAGUCUGUCUGGACCUCUUCCAAGCCAAAAGAGCAAUCUACUACAGACUAUAGAUUUGUCUUACAACUAUUUCUCAGGAAGCUUUCCCCCAUGGGUAACCACAAUAUCGCAACUGAACUUAGUGGUCAACAACUUCACAUUUGGCAGUUCAAAUAUAACUCUUCCUGGAUUGAAUUGCCUCCAAAGGAAUUUUCCAUGCAAUCGAAAUACCCCUCGAUAUGCAAACUUCUCAAUCAAGUGUGGAGGAUCACAAAUGAGAGGAAGUGAUGGCAUAUUGUAUGAAGCUGACGACUCAGAUCUUGGCCCAGCAACAUUUAAUGUAACCAGUACACAGAAAUGGGCUGUUAGCAAUGUGGGUUUGUUUGCUGAAAAAAAGAAUCCAUCAUUUGUGCAAAACACCCUUACGCUUCCUAUGAAUGAUUUUACACCAACUGUUUCUGGGCUUCCACCAACUACUCAAGGAAAGAAAAGCAGGACUGGGUUGAUAGUUGGUAUUGCAGUCCCUGUUGGGGUUGUGAGCUUGCUAUUAUUAUUUGCAGUUCUAUAUAUGAGGAGAAAAAAAUCAGAAAAAGAUGACGAUGAAGAUCUUCUAGGAUUAGGCCCCCGACCAAAUACUUUCAGUUAUGCUGAGUUGAGAGCUGCAACAGAAGAUUUUAAUCCUUCAAAUAAGCUAGGAGAGGGAGGAUAUGGACCUGUUUAUAAGGGUACACUAUCUGAUGGGAGGGUAGUGGCUGUGAAGCAACUUUCAGUAGCAUCUCACCAAGGGAAGAGUCAAUUUGUAACCGAGAUUGCUACAAUAUCUGCAGUCCAACAUCGCAAUCUAGUGAAAUUGUAUGGAUGCUGCAUUGAAGGAACCCAGCGCAUUUUGGUUUAUGAGUAUCUUGAAAACAGGAGCCUUGAUCAGGCACUUUUUGGAAGAAAUGACUUGCACCUUGACUGGCCUACCCGCUUCAAUAUAUUGUUGGGAACAGCAAGAGGACUUGCUUACCUUCAUGAGGAGUCAAGGCCCAGGAUUGUACAUCGAGAUGUCAAAGCCAGUAAUAUUUUGCUCGAUGCAGAACUCUCCCCAAAAAUAUCAGAUUUUGGAUUGGCAAAGCUUUAUGAUGACGAAAAAACCCACAUUAGCACCCGCGUUGCAGGGACAAUAGGUUAUUUGGCGCCAGAGUAUGCAAUGCGCGGACAUCUGACAGAAAAGGCUGAUGUAUUUGGUUACGGGGUUGUUGCUUUGGAGAUCCUCAGCGGGAGGCCAAACUCAGCCAACAACUUGGAUCGUGAAAAGAUUUAUCUUCUUGAAUGGGCAUGGACUCUACAUGAAAACGACCAGAGUUUGGGGCUGGUGGAUCCGAGAUUGACAGAGUUUGAUGAAAAUGAAGCAACUAGAUUGAUAAAAACAGCUCUCCUCUGCACUCAGGCAUCACCAAUGAUGAGGCCAUCAAUGUCACGCAUAGUGGCAAUGCUCUCUGGAGAUAUUGAAGUAAGCACUGUUAUUUCAAAGCCAAGUUAUUUGACAGAUUGGGAUUUCAAAGAUGUAACCACAAGUAGCUUUUUGAUGGAUAAUGAUACCCCAUCAACUGAGAGCAAUGUUCUUCUCAACCGUCAGCCUGAAUGGAGCACAACUGGUGCUAGCCCCGGGAUUGACCUUUCGCCAUCUCCAGUAAAUGUCACUGAAUCAAUGCUCACUGGCAUUAUAGGAGAAGGCAGGUGAGAACUAAGAAGAUUCCAUUGUCUUGCCCUUGCUGUCAAUAUGUGACUUUUACUGCUAAAACUUUCCUACAUGUUGUACUUGUCUUUGGGUCUUUCUCUGCCUCUAGUUUUUAGCAAUGGUGAUGCAUAUAUAAAAUAAGAUACAAUUCUAUAG